AUGACUACAGUAAAUGAAUCAAGUGUAUGUUCAAUCUGCAAUAAACCUUCAAUUAAAUAUUUUUGCAUUGGAUGUAAACAACAUUUUUGUCCAAAAGAUUUCAAAGAACAUGAACAACAACUAUCAAUAAAAUUCGAUAAUGAAAUAGUUAGAUCCCACGAUGAACUUCUUAAUCAAAUACAAAAAUUAGAAAAAUCAGAUGUCUUCUUAUCAGAUCUUUUUGCUCAAAUUAAUGAAUGGAAAAUAACAACAAUCAAUAAAGUAGAAAAAGCAGCAGAAAGAGCUCAUCAUGAACUUAUCAAACUAAUCGAUAAACAAAAAAUCAAAAUAACAAAACAACUUGAAACAAUUGCAAAAGAAAUUCGUUGUCGUCGAGAAGAAGAAAAUUUUCUCGAACAUGAUAUUGAUCGACUAAAACAAAAACUCAAUGAAAUUCAACAAACAUUUAGACAAUUGAUUCAAAAAGAUACAAAUAAAAGCAUCAUUAUUAAUAAUGAUCAAAUUGAUUGGAAUCGACUAAUCUACAUUCGAGAAGAACAACAAAACUGCAACAUCACGUGUCUCAAUCGAUGUAAAUCAUCAAUUUCAUAUCCGCAACGGCAAAAUGGUUAUUUACCACAACAAUCGUAUCAAAAUCCUUCAAAACAACAAUCAUAUCGAAACCUGUUUGGUCCAUAUGCUCUACAACAGCAACGAUAUCAAAGCUCUCACGGUUCUAAUCCUCAACAACCUCAAGGUAAUGUUAUAUUUUAUGAUGGACGAGAGUUAAAUGAUCGUCUUCAAGCAAUAGCUACUCGAUAUGAAAUAAAUGAUACACUCACUCAACGUCUUAAUAUCCUUCAGCAAUUGAAAAUAGUUGUACUUUGUGAUGAUUCAGAUUCAAUGAAUACACCAGUUUAUGGAACAACACGUACUCGAUGGGAUCAAUUACGAUGUAUUGUACGUAUAGUUACUGAAAUUGGCACUGUAUUUGAUUCAAACGAAAUUGAUAUACAUUUUCUCAAUCGUCCAUCAAUGCCUAAUGUAACUAAUAUUCGACAAGUUGCUGAAUCAUUUAGUCAAUGCCCAGCUGGAUUAACACCACUUACACCAGCUUUAAGACGAAUUUUUCAGUUGGCAGCAAGUAAAUCUUGUAGUGAUAAACGUUUACUUGUAUUAGUAGCUACCGAUGGAACUUCAACAAAUCGCAAUGAAAAUGUUGAUAUACAAAGUUUAGAAAAUUUAAUGCGCAAUGAACGUCAAGCAAGUACAACAUAUGUAACAUUUCUUGCUUGUACAGGCAAUGAAUCAAAUGUGAGUUAUUUAUCAAAAUGGGAUCGCACAAUGACGAAUGUUGAAUUUGUUGCUGAUUAUAUAACCGAACGAGAAGGAGUACGUCGUAGUCAAGGAUAUAAAUAUCCAUUUUCAUUUGGAGAUUAUGUUGUAAAAGCAUUACUUGGUGCAGUUGGUUUAUAA